AUGCCCGCUCAGAAGCAGAUCACGAAGCCAGAGGAGGCUGGCGAAUCCUCGACGUCCGCGGCUAAGAAGGCGCUGACUGCUGCGUCAAACGGUGUGCCUAAUUAUGAGCUUCCCUGGGUCGAGAAGUAUCGGCCUGUUUUCCUCGACGAUGUAGUCGGAAAUACCGAGACGAUUGAUCGCCUAAAGAUCAUUGCAAAGGAAGGAAACAUGCCGCACGUGAUCAUCUCAGGUAUGCCUGGUAUCGGAAAGACCACCAGUGUGCUUUGCCUGGCGAGACAACUGCUCGGAGAUACAUACAAGGAGGCUGUAUUAGAGCUCAAUGCCAGUGACGAGAGAGGAAUCGACGUCGUUCGCAAUCGCAUCAAGGGCUUCGCCCAGAAGAAGGUCACCCUGCCCCAGGGCCGCCACAAGCUCGUCAUCCUCGACGAGGCCGACAGCAUGACAUCAGGCGCCCAGCAGGCCCUCCGCCGGACGAUGGAAAUCUACUCCAACACGACGCGCUUCGCCUUCGCCUGCAACCAGUCCAACAAGAUCAUCGAGCCGCUGCAGUCGCGAUGCGCCAUCCUACGCUACGCCCGACUCACUGAUGAGCAGGUCGUUAAACGUCUCCUUCAAAUUAUUGAGGCCGAAAAGGUGGAAUACAGUGACGACGGCCUCGCAGCGCUCGUCUUCAGCGCAGAGGGCGACAUGCGGCAGGCGAUCAACAACCUGCAGUCAACAUUUGCCGGUUUCGGCUUCGUGUCGGGCGACAACGUUUUCAAGGUGGUGGACUCGCCACACCCCAUCAAGGUCCAGGCAAUGCUCAAGGCGUGCUAUGAGGGAAACGUCGACUCGGCGCUCGACAGCCUGCGCGAACUCUGGGAUUUGGGAUACUCGAGCCACGACAUCAUCAGCACCAUGUUCAAGGUCACCAAGACCAUCCCGACGCUGAGCGAGCACUCCAAGCUCGAGUUCAUCAAGGAGAUUGGCUUCACGCACAUGAAAAUCUUGGAGGGCGUACAAACGCUACUACAGCUGAGCGGCUGUGUCGCGAGGCUCUGCAAGAUCAACAUGGACCCGAAGAAAUUCGAGGCUCCCUCAAAAUGA